CUUUUCCAAAGCUUUGACUUUACAACUUCAAUGUUCACAACCACAACACCUUUACAGAGAAGUUAAUCAAAGCCCAACUACCCCUUUAACACUUUAAUUCAAUCAUUACUUCUCCAAUACUAUUCACCUUCUAUAAAGUAUAGACCUUCUUUCAAUCACUAAAUACUACAUCCUUUCUUAAUCAAACUACACCUCUCAACUAGUUACUGAAGAUGUCAACACAAAAGGAGAUGAAAGUGGUCAAUACCAGUGCGGCCAAUAAGCGCAUCGGGGGACAUGGUACAGACUCUGUUGUGCCUGGACAAACUUCGGUCGCGGUGGCGGCUAAGGCGGCCUUUGGAUCGACGCAACCAUCUAACCCGUUGACAUCCAAGCCUCCUAAAAAACACUUCCGAAAUAAGUUCCAGAAAAAGAAGUUCUCAGAGGCGUUCCCCAAGAAUGGGGCUCCGACAAAGAAGCUUCCAUCUCUCGAGGCCUGCGGUAGAGGCACUGAAUGUGCUGGGGCAACAGGCGAGCCCGUCGAUGCUGCUGCGGCCCCGGCUGCUCUAGGUGUGGUGCCUGCAAGCCCCGACGACAAGGCAGCUCACAAGGCGAAUGAUGCGUCUCAAGAACUUGUCUUGGAGAAGUUCGACAAGCCUAAUCUUAACGUCGACAAGAAAGAGUUCCAGAAUGACAUGAAGAAGUACGGCUUCAAGGGUCUGGCAGCUUCACGCUGGGCUUAAACUACUCUUUUAUUAGAGCAAGUUAAUUCAUCCUAAUCAAUACAACUUGAUACAUUGUUCUUUCCAAGAUCACAACUUGUGAAUCC